GAAUGGAUUGCCAGUGUGGUGGGUACGUUUUGUCUUGUUGCUCUAUGUGAAAUCUGUGACUUUUUUACAAAAAAGUGCUCAAAACCCACCCUAAAUCAUACGUUAGAACAUUUAAAUUGCCAAAAAGUGCUCAAUUGACAAUUUAAGUGAUGUUUUGGGGGCGAAAAUGAUGGAAAAUGUGUGAAAAAAUGCAAAGAAAUUGAGCGGAAUUGGACUUCUUGUAGAUCCCACCACACACACAGCGGCACAAAAGAAGUACACGAAUCCCAUUCAACUUUACCAUUUUUCUUUGAAAGCCACUAAUACUGUGAAAAUAUUUUAAUAUCCGUGUUCUCAUACAUCAUAAACAAGGUGUGGAGUUUUUCUUAUAAAAUUUAACCGCGCCAAGAGAAAUACCAUCGCCCUCGUGUGCGUGUGUUAGUACGCAAAGUGAAAUCUUUGACUUUUGUGCGCUCAAAAAGUCUUUUACUCUUUUUUUUCACCUUCCUUCACUUUAAUUUUUCUCUGUGCAAUUCAACGAUUUUUUUUUGUUCAUUAAAUAAAACUCUUGGUGUCUCACUUUUUGUGCAGGUUAACCACCAAAAUCGUGUUGUUAAGUGUUUUCUUUUAAUUUGCAAUUAUUCUUGUGUUUUUUGUGCACUAAAAGCGCGCACUGAGCGUUGCUGAAAUUUUUUACCUUAAAAAAGUGUGUGAUAAAAAUUAAGGAGGAAUGUAGCGUCCUUCACGCAGAUGCUAAUUGUUUUGCUGACCAGUGUGGUUUUGGAAGAGCGCGCUAAAAUAAAAGUUGGGAGGGAAGUAAGAAGAAAAAUAAUAAAAAAGAGAAGCUAAACUCAACGAGAAAUGGAAAUUGAGUCUGUGAAUCUCUCACCACGCCAUCAUCUUCAAGUUCAUCUGGUUUCUAUCUGAGUUUCUUCGGUUUGUGGGGGUAUCAACGAAACGAGCCUUCCGCGUGGAAAAUAAUCUUCCGAUUCUUUUUCCACUUCUUCCCCACGCCAAACCACAGGAAACACCCAUCACUGCAAAUUUUCCGUGUAGGGGAUUUCGGGGGUGUUUAACGGUGUGUGAUUUAGUGCAAGAGUGGUUUGUGCUCCUUUUUAUUCGCCGGCAAAAGGCAGAGAAUUUCCCAAGAGGAAGCACUUUUCAUCAGGAAAGGCUUUGAAACCUUCGCGUGUCUCAAGAUGCUUCGGAAAUUGCAGAUUUAUCUCUUCUACACAACAUUUAUUCUACUUGGACCAAUAGCUAAGCUGUGCCAAUGUGCUGAUUUGGUGAUUGAGAUCACCGGAAAUUUGGGCCAAGACGACUCAUACUACCGCCUAGAUUACUACCCACCGUAUGGCAACCCUGCUCCGAACACGACAAUCGCAUCCCGCGACAUUGGGGAUAGGAUACAAUUUUCACACACACUACCUGGUACGAGGUACAACUUUUGGUUGUACUACACCAAUGCCACUCAUCACGAUUGGCUCACGUGGACUGUCUCCAUCACGACAGCUCCUGAACCACCAUCGAAUCUCUCAGUUUCCGUACGAAGUGGCAAAACCGUCCUCAUAUCAUGGAGUCCGCCCACACAAGGCAAUUUUACUAGUUUUAAGCUAAGGGUCGUUGGUUUAUCAGACCCAUCCACAAAUCGCACAAUUCCCAUUGAAAAUGACUCACUGCAGUACACACUGAGGGACUUAACUCCCGGUGCAACAUAUCAAGUGCAGGCGUACACAGUUUUCGAUGGAAAAGAAUCUGUUGCCUAUACAAGUCGCAAUUUUACCACAAAACCAAAUACGCCGGGAAAAUUUAUUGUUUGGUUUAGAAAUGAAACAACCCUGUUGGUGCUGUGGCAGCCACCGUAUCCCGCGGGGAUUUAUACGCACUACAAGGUGUCGAUAGAGCCACCCGAUGCCCUGGAGAGUGUGCUGUAUGUGGAGAAGGAGGGUGAACCCCCGGGGCCAGCUCAGGCGGCCUUUAAGGGACUCGUGCCGGGGCGCGCGUACAACAUAUCAGUACAGACCAUGUCAGAGGAUGAAAUUUCCCUGCCCACGACAGCGCAGUACCGCACUGUGCCACUACGACCAAUGAAUGUGAGCUUCGACUGGAACUCCAUCACCUCCAACUCCUUCAAAGUACAGUGGGAGGCACCAAAGGGUAAUAGUGAGUUCGACAAGUAUCAAGUGUCGCUGGCCACAUCGCGGCGCCAACAAUUUGUCCCCCGCACCAGUGACAGUGUGGCAUGGCUCGAAUUUCGGGAGAAUCUCGAGCCAGGCAAGACAUAUCAAGUUGUCGUGAAGACCGUGUCGGGUAAGGUGACAUCGUGGCCAGCAACGGGUGAUGUAACCCUCAAACCCCUUCCCGUACUCGGCUUGAGAUCCUUCACGAACGAACAAACAGGCCUCGUAACCAUUACAUGGGAUCCCGAUCCAGCCAGUACUCAGGAUGAAUACAAAAUUAGCUAUCACGAAGUUGAGACAUUCAAUGGGGAUGCCAGCACAAUGAACACCGACCGCACAACCUACCCCCUCGAAACACUCCUCCCGGGACGCAACUACUCCCUCACAGUGCAAGCAAUCUCCGCAAAAGUGGAAUCAAAUGAAUCCACCAUCAUCGUUGUCACGCGUCCCUCCUCACCCAUCAUCGAGGAUCUAAAGUCUAUUCGCGAAGGGCUCAACAUAAGCUGGAAGAGCGACGUCAACUCGCGCCAGGAAAAAUAUGAGAUUAUGUAUUCGAGAAAUGACACAGGCGAAAUGAAGACAAUCCUCACCACCGACUCGAGGAGAGUCAUAAAGAAUUUGUAUCCCGGAGCUGGGUAUGAAAUAAAAGUCUUCGCCCUUAGUCAUGGUCUCCGUAGUGAACCCCAUGCAUACUUCCAAGCUGUCUAUCCUAAUUCUCCGCGGAACAUGACAAUUGAAAAGGUGACAAGCAAUUCCGUGCUUGUGCGGUGGAUGCCACCGAUUCAGAGUGAAUUUAGCGAAUACUCCAUUCGAUACCGCACUGAGAGUGAACGUCAGUGGAUUAGGUUGCCUUCCGUGAAAUCCACAGAAGCUGAUGUGACUGACAUGACGCCGGGAGAGAAGUACACGAUUCAGGUGAAUACAGUCAGCUAUGGCGUUGAGAGCCCAAAUCCGCAGCACGUGAACCAGACUGUGCGUCCCAAUCCCGUGUCCAACAUCAUCCCCCUCGUGGACUCCACGAAUAUCACCCUCGAAUGGCCACGACCUGAGGGUAGAGUGGAGACGUAUUUCGUGCACUGGUGGCCUGUGGCCAAUCCCGAUCAGGUGCACACGAAGAAUGUGUCUGAAGUCUACGUGACCCCAAUGAGUUGGGUCGGUGGUGACCACGCAGAUGGGAAGCUCGGGAUGGAUGACACUCCAACCGUUCAUGUCCUAAUUGGGGACCUAAUGCCGGGGGUUCAGUACAAAUUCCGCAUUCACACCAUCUCCUACGGACUAACCAGUGACAUCACUCAGCUCACAACACGCACUAAACCCCUCAUUCAGUCCGAAGUGUUUGUUGUGAAUAAUCUUCAGGAACGCGACAUGGUCACCCUCAGCUACACCCCAACCCCGCAGAUGUCUUCCAAAUUUGACCUCUAUCGCUUCUCCCUCGGGGAUCCCGAUAUACCGGAUAAGGAGAAGUUGGCAAAUGAUACAGAUCGCAAAGUUACCUUUACAGGCCUAAUGCCUGGCCGGCUGUACAAUAUAACCGUGUGGACUGUGAGUGGUGGUGUUGCGAGUCUUCCAAUUCAGCGACAGGAUCGCAUGUACCCUGAACCAAUAACCCAACUCAAUGCCACACGAAUCACAGACACGGAGAUCACACUGAAAUGGGACAUCCCGAAUGGGGAGUACAAUGCUUUUGAGGUGCAAUACCUCACAAUUGACAAUAACUACGUGCAGAAUCUCACGGUGCACGACAGUAUUACGAUAAAAGACUUAAAACCCCAUCGCAACUACACGUUUACCGUUGUGGUGCGUUCGGGUACAGAAUCCAGCGUCUUGCGGAAUAGUCUUCCAGUUUCGGCGAGUUUCACAACGAAGGAAUCCGUUCCCGGGCGGGUGGAUCGUUUUGAACCGGUGGACAUCCAACCCAGUGAGAUUACCUUUGAAUGGUCGCUGCCGUCGAGUGAGCAAAAUGGGGUAAUUCGGCAAUUCUCCAUAACUUAUGGGCUCGAAGGAUCAGCUCAUACGCAAGUGCGUGACUUCAAGCCAACUGAAUUCCACGGGGUCAUUAAGAAUCUCCUCCCUGGCAAGUCCUAUGUCUUCCGGAUUCAAGCUCAGACGGUCAUUGGCUAUGGCCCGGAGACAAUGUGGAAGCAGAAGAUGCCCAUUUUGGCACCACCACAGCCAGCAACACAAGUUGUUCCCACAGAGGUCUAUCGUAGCUCAUCCACAAUUCAAAUUCGCUUCCGCAAAAAUUACUUCUCCGACCAGAAUGGAGCUGUAAUCAUGUACACCAUCAUUGUUGCUGAAGACGACACAAAGAACGCCUCAGGCUUGGAAAUGCCUUCGUGGCGCGAUGUACAGAGCUACAGCCUCUGGCCACCGUACCAGGUGAUCGAACCCUACUACCCAUUCAAGAAUAACUCAGUGGAGGAUUUCACGAUCGGUGCUGAAAAUUGCGACAUCAAACAAACUGGCUACUGCAACGGACAACUCAAAUCGGGAAGAGUCUAUCGCGUCAAGGUGCGCGCAUUUACUGCACCAGAUAAAUUCACGGACACCGCCUACAGUUUUCCAAUUCAAACUGGCCUCUUGUCUGUGGAUCAAGAUAACACCUCAAUAAUAAUCGCAACAUCAGUGAGUCUCUGUCUGUUGAUUCUCAUCCUCGUGGCUGUGUUCUUUAUACGGAAACGACGCAACGGACCGCGAAAGGCUACAAAGGAGCCGCGUUCGAGUGAUAACAUGUCACUUCCGGAUAGUGUCAUUGAGACAAGUCGCCCCAUUGAGAUUAAGAAUUUCGCUGAGCACUACCGGAGAAUGGCGGCAGAUUCAGAUUUUCGAUUUAGCGAGGAAUUUGAGGAGCUGAAGCACGUCGGACGCGAUCAGCCGUGCACAUUUGCCGAUUUGCCAUGCAAUAGACCAAAGAAUCGCUUUACAAAUAUUCUGCCAUACGACCAUUCACGCUUCAAAUUGCAACCUGUCGACGAUGAGGAGGGUUCAGACUACAUCAAUGCCAAUUACGUGCCUGGGCACAAUUCCCCGCGUGAAUUCAUCGUCACGCAGGGCCCCUUGCACUCGACACGCGAUGAUUUCUGGCGAAUGUGCUGGGAGAGCAAUUCACGGGCCAUCGUGAUGCUAACGCGAUGCUUCGAGAAGGGACGCGAGAAGUGCGAUAGGUACUGGCCCAAUGACACCGUGCCCGUGUACUACGGGGACAUUCGGAUACAAAUGCUAAAUGUUAGCAACUACCCUGAUUGGGUCAUUACGGAAUUCAUGAUGAGUCGGGGUGAUCAACAACGAUGCAUCAGACACUUCCACUUUACAACAUGGCCUGACUUUGGAGUGCCAAAUCUACCUCAAACACUGGCACGCUUUGUGCGGGCAUUCCGCGAUCGCGUUGGGCCAGAUCAGAAACCAAUUGUGGUACAUUGUAGUGCCGGUGUAGGCCGUUCAGGCACUUUUAUUGCGCUAGAUCGCAUCCUUCAGCAAAUUGUUGUGGCUGAUUAUGUAGAUAUAUUCGGCAUUGUGUGGCAAAUGCGAAAAGAACGCGUCUGGAUGGUUCAGACGGAACAGCAGUACAUCUGCAUUCAUCAAUGCUUGAAGGCUGUGCUGGAGGGCAAGGAGAACGUCAUGUCUCCACCGCGGGAGAUGCACGAUAAUCAGGGAUACGAAGAUAUUUUUAAAUCAAAAUUUGCAUUUAUUUUUGAACGUCCACAGAAAUUAUUCAAAAAAUCUCAUUAAUUUUUUUUUUGUAAAUAUUCCAUAAUCUCGGUACCAAAGAAUGAAAAAUAAUUUUUAAAUAUAAGAAAAUCUCUUACAAAAAUAUAAUGCGAGUUUUCUUUAUUUUAUUUAAUUUUGCACCUUAAUUUGCCCUUUUAAGGGUCAGAUUCAGCGUAAAAAAAACUCUUUUUGGUAUUAAGAAUGAAAGAUAAAAGAAUUUUGGUAUUCGCUAUAAAAAUCUCUUAAAAUAAAAAUUAAAUAGAUUUGGUAUUCAAGAUAAAAGUUUUUUUUAUUGAUUUUUUGUCUUUUAUUAUAAACGAGAGUUAUUUAUUUGAGUUAUUUUAUCAGCCCUUUAAGUCAUUUUUAUGUUGAUUGAUCAUGAUUAAAAUCUUGAAUCUAUCAGAAAUUGAUCUUAUAUUGGGUCGUAUUCUGGAAUCAAGAAAUCCUUGAAAUUGUUGAAAUUUCGAAGAUUUCUUUGUGCCGCAAAAUAAGACAUUUUUUAUCAAAAUAAAAUAAUUUUUUCCUUCGUUUAAAAAAACCUGAAAAAAAUCUUUUAUUUUAAAAGAAAUCUGUAUUCUGGAUAAAAUAUUUACUUUUUAUAAUAAAGUUUUUUAACAAGCUCUAUUACGUUGAAUCCUGCCCUAAGCUACAUUAGAUUUUUUUAAUUUUUUAUUUAUUUUUGCUUCUAAUGCUCACUAUUAAUUUAUAAAAAAAAAAAUAAAACUCCCUGGUGGUGUUAGAACAAUUUAUAAAGAAAAUUCUUUUCAACAGAAAAUAAAUUUUCAAAGAGGAAAAUCAACAAAACACAAAACACAAAUCAUCAUGAAAUAAUCAUUUUUUGUGCAUAAAAACUAUUUAAUUUCUUUCUUGCUGCAAAAUGGACAAAAUGGAUUUGAAAAAAUUAAAAAAAAAUAAUCAUUUGGAAAAUAAAUUGU